AAGUGUCUCUCUUCACUUGCACUUAAUGGCUUCCUCUUCUUCUUCUUCUUCUUCUUCCAUUACUCCUAAAAUAGAGUAUGAGGUUUUCCUUAGUUUCCGUGGUGUGGACACCCGACAAAACAUUACCAGCCAUCUUUAUGAAGCCUUUUGUCAAAAAAAGAUUAAAACUUUCAUUGAUGAUAGCCUUGUUAGAGGAGAAGAAAUUUCUAUAUCUCUUUUGAAGGCAAUUGAACAUUCAAAUAUUUCAGUUAUCAUUUUUUCUAAAGGGUAUGCUUCCUCAAGAUGGUGUCUCAGAGAACUUGAAGAGAUAGUUAAAUGCAAGAACACGUAUGAUCAGAUCGUAAUACCAGUCUUCUAUGAAGUAGAUCCAUCUGAUGUGAGGAAUCAAACUGGGGAUUUUGGGAAAGCAUUUGCUGAGCUUGAAAAGCGUUUUAAGGAUGAUUCAGAGAUGUUGCAGAGAUGGAGGACUGCUUUGAGGGAUGCGGCCAACCUAUCUGGUUAUGAUUCAACGAACUCUAGGUAACUGUAAAUUUUUUUGUCAAUGUUUUUAUGUAAUAAUCUUUUUUUUUUUUUGGUAAGUAAUUUGAAGCUACAAAUUACCAAUUUUUAUGUAAUAAUCUUACAUACAACAGUUCCUUAUAUUUUACUGGAGACAGAUUUACUGGUCAAAAUAAUAAUCAAUUGGAAGUUUGACCUUAUAUUUUAU